AUGAAAGCGACUCUCGAGUCCAGGGCCCUUGCAUCACAACGCCAUACAGUAGCCGCCAACACUGAUAGCAUUGACAUCAACAAGUCAACCGCACCUUUAUUGAACUUGUCAUGCUGUAUCACGGCGCUUUGA